UGCAAGCCACAGUUCAAAUACUGCGACUGUGAUACGAAGUCAUGAAUGGUAUAAAGUAUCACCGCCUUUCAAACCCUCCAUGCGACUUCCACAUUUUCUUAUAGCGUAUGCAAAGUCCCCAUUAACAAGCACAUCGCUUCAGAUUUCUCUCUUGCGCUCCAGUCGACUCACCCUUCGAUCUAUUCACCCUACACGAGCCUUCACCAUGUCCGUCCCCAAAUCUGCUUCGAAGCUGGUCCCCGAGGAUGCUGCGAAGGUGAUGGUGAUCCGAGAUGUGGUUCCAAACACUAUCACCACACUCAGUGUACCUUUCCUGCGAGCUGGGAUCAUGAAAAUCGGUGGACGCGGCACAUUGGUUAGGUUACGGACGGGCUCUGUUGCUGUCUUUUCUCCCGCCGCACUCACACCAGAGGUCAAGAGCAAGAUCCAGGCCAUGGGAACACUGAAAUACAUUAUUGCGCCGGAUUUUGAACAUCACAUCUUCGUCAGUCAGUAUAACAAGGAAUACCCUCAAGCCGAGGUCAUUGGAGUCGAAGGGCUACCAGAGAAGCGCGAGGGUAGUUCCGAUACGAAAGGCGUUCCUUUUCAACAUGUCUUCACGCCCAAGAACAAACUCGAUAUGCACAUUUCGUCCGAGUUUGAUGAUGAGUUCUCCUACGAAUAUGUGCAUGCGCAUGCCAACAAAGAGUUGGUCUUCCUACACCGUCCAACCAAGACUGUUAUCGAGGCCGACCUUCUAUUUAACCUUCCAGCGACCGAACAAUAUUCAAAAUCGGGAAUGGACGCGCAAUCUGGCAUCCUGACUCGCUUCUUCGCGAGUAUCAUGAACACGAAGGGCGACAUGAUCUGGCAAAAGCGGUUUCUGUGGUAUGCGCUCGGUAGGGACCAUGUAGCCCUCAGCGAGUCAGCAAAAAGGAUGAUGAAGUGGGACUUUGACCGUAUCAUCCCGUGUCAUGGAGACGUUAUUGAGACUGGAGGCAAGGGUGUCAUGGCAAAGGCGUUGCAGUGGUACCUAGAGCCCAAGCAUUGAAGUCGAGAUACCCCGGAGUUGGAUGCGAAGGCGUUAUGGUUCCAGUCACGUUUCUCCGCAAGAUACAAUACCUUGUGUACUAUUAGACAGUUGGGGUUUCCUGUCCGAGGGCCAGGUGAGAAACCGAGGAGUACUCAGUAGAAUCGCUGAGUAAAGUCAGAACCAUCAUCUUAAAAUAUUCACUGUUACACGA